AUGAAGUAUCUUUUGAUCACUGUUGCCUUUGUAGCUUUGUUCUACCCUUCUGAAAGUGCCAUAACAUGUUAUGACUGUACUCCUAGUCCCAUUCCAUGCAAAACUCAGAAGAAUUGUUCAGCAGAGUUUGAUUCUUGCAUCUGGGUUAGAUUGGGUGAACAUAUAUAUUCCUAUAACUGCUGGAAAUCUUCCCAAUGUGAAUGCAAAGAUAUCGAGAAACACUUUAAUACUGUUACCUAUUCGUAUAAUUGCUGUAAUUCAAACUUGUGUAAUAGCAGUCCAUUAACAAUAGCAGGGAGUAUGAUAACCCUCAGCAUAGCAUCUUUUCUGACCACAUUGUUUAUAAUCUGAACAGAAAAAGUGA